AUGGGCAUUGGUGGCUACUUCAAGAGUGAGAAGGCUCAAGGGUCUGGCGAUGCCAGUGCGCCUGAGUCCAGUCGCCCAACCACAGGCCCUGUGAUGGAAAAGGGACACUCCGCCAGGGCGAGUACGAACGACAUGGAGCUUCAACCGCCUACCCCUCGCUACAACUCCCGGCCUCAGUCCAUCUCCGGCCGGUCUACGCAUUCCAAUGGCAGCUCCAUGUUUCUUGACGACAUCAAGCACGAGGUCAUGGUCAACUACCUCUACCAACAGCAAUGCUCUCACCUCUGGGUCAGUGACGGAUCUGGCGAGAUUGAGGGCGUGCUGUUGCGUAAGGCCAGAGGCCAAUACAUGGCUUGCCCGCCGCAACUUGGCAACUCGCCGUUUGCCCAGGCUUGCGCAGCUCUCAACGUCCAGUGCGCCAUGACCGUCAAUUCCCGUGUCAUCAAGACGUUCCUCCAAUGGUCUCCAGACGCCGUCGACGUUCCUUUGAUGAACGGUCUUAGAGUCCAGAUCCUGCCCACCAUUGAGGAUCUCCCUAGAGCGAGAAAGCACCAGUUCGCGGCUUUCAUCGCUGCCGAGGGUCUCUUGGUUGUCUGGGACGACGACGCUUUGCACCUUGUUCAGAGAGCCAAGGCUAUCGAGUCGGAACUGAUGGAGCUCGUCUGGAAGGCUGGUGCUGAUGACGAGGAGGGCGACGAGAAGAAGGGUCCCAACGUCGCCGAUUAUGAGAUCGACGAGGAGAGCGGCGAGAUCAAGCCCGAGAAGCGACCUGUCCACCUUCUCAACACCUACUUGGUGUCCAUCACUCUCGUACUCGUUGUCAUCUCCCUCGGCGCCGCUUGGAGGCAACUCGCCAUUGAGGUUUCUGUCGACGGAGAAUACCUGCGCCUGGCCCUCGUUGCUCUCUUUCCGCUUCAGAUUUUCUUCACCCUCUUCUUCGCCCAGGUCAUUGUCGGUUGUCUGGCCCAGAUCUUCGGACCCAUCCGCCAAUUGACGAUCAACUCCAAGUUCUACUCGGCACGGCCUCCCCCAAGGCUGCAGAGCUCGAUCCUCCCCCACGUUACCGUCCAGUGCCCCGUGUACAAGGAGGGUCUCGCUGGUGUCAUCGUACCUACAGUCAAGUCCAUCAAGCAGGCCAUGUCCACUUACGAACUUCAAGGUGGUUCCGCCAACAUGUUCAUGAAUGACGACGGUCUCCAGCUGAUCUCCGAAGAGGAGCGCCGCGCACGUAUCGAGUUCUACGCCGACAACAGCAUUGGUUGGGUCGCGCGUCCCAAGCAUGGCGAGAAUGGCUUCACCCGUAAGGGCAAGUUCAAGAAGGCGUCCAACAUGAACUUUGGCUUGAUGAUCUCCUGCAAGGUCGAAGAGAAGCUCCAGGCCAUCACUCGCCCUGUCGAAUGGACUCAGCACGACGAAGCCCAGGCUUAUGAGCAUGCCCUCAAGGAUGUUCUCGAGGAGGAUGGCCGUGCCUGGGCUGACGGUAACAUUCGUGUUGGCGACUACAUUCUCAUCAUUGAUUCCGACACUCAGGUUCCCGCCGACUGUUUCCUUGACGCUGUUUCCGAGAUGGAGCAAUCUCCCGACGUCGGAAUCAUGCAAUUCUCCUCCGGUGUCAUGCAGGUCGUCCACACGUACUUUGAGAACGGCAUCACCUUCUUCACCAACCUUAUCUACAGCGCCAUUCGGUACACUGUCUCCAACGGCGAUGUUGCUCCCUUUGUUGGCCACAACGCUAUCCUCCGCUGGAGUGCUAUCCAACAGGUCGGUUACUUCGAUGAGGAUGGCUACGAGAAGUUUUGGUCCGAGUCGCACGUGUCCGAGGACUUUGAUAUGUCGCUCCGUCUCCAGUGCAAUGGCUACAUCAUUCGCUUAGCUGCCUGGGCCGGCGAAGGCUUCAAGGAGGGUGUGUCUCUUACCGUGUACGACGAGCUUGCGCGUUGGGAGAAGUACGCCUAUGGUUGCAAUGAGCUUCUCUUCCACCCCAUCCGUACCUGGCUCUGGAGAGGUCCCUUCACCCCGCUGUUCCGCAAGUUCCUGUUCAGCAACAUUCGCUUCACCUCCAAGAUCACUGUCGUCUCGUACAUUGGCACCUACUAUGCCAUCGGCGCCGCCUGGAUCAUGACAUCGGUCAACUACUUCCUCAUGGGUUGGUACAAUGGAUACCUCGACAAGUACUACGUCGACUCGUGGCAGGUCUGGUUCUCUAUCAUCAUUGUCUUCAACGGCCUUGGUAAUGUCGCGCUGGCCAUCAUGCGUUACCGUGUGGGCGAGAAGAGCUUGCUGAUGGCCUUCUUCGAGAACAUCAAGUGGACUUUCCUCCUUGCCAUCUUCCUUGGUGGCCUUAGUCUGCACGUCAGCCAGGCUCUUCUGGCUCACAUGUUCGAGAUUGACAUGUCCUGGGGUUCGACCUCGAAGGAAGCCGAAUUUUCCAACUUCUUCAUCGAGGUGCCCAAGGUUUUGAAGAAGUUCAAAUUCUCCAUGCUCUUCUCGUGCAUUUUCAUCGCCGGCAUGAUCAUCCUGGCCGUUGCCCCCUUCGUCCCCUACGAUUGGCGCAUUAGGGACUUCGUCGCCAUCCUGCCCAUGGCUACUGUCUCGGCCAGCCACUUGCUCCUGCCCAUCGCACUCAACCCUGCGCUCAUGACCUUCUCGUGGUAA